GGCCAGCCGCCGGCCGCCCCAUGGACCCAUCGGCCCGGCUGCCCUGAUCCCCCCCCAGCCCGGGAUGAGAAACUGCAAAAUGGCACGGGUGGCCAGUGUGCUGGGGCUGGUCAUGCUCAGCGUGGCCCUGCUGAUUCUGUCGCUCAUCAGCUACGUGUCCCUGAAAAAGGAGAACAUCUUCACCACUCCCAAGUACGCCAGCCCCGGGGCGCCGCGCAUGUACAUGUUCCACGCGGGAUUCCGGUCACAGUUUGCGCUGAAGUUUCUAGACCCAUCGUUUGUGCCCAUUACGAAUUCUCUCACCCAGGAACUCCACGAGAAACCUUCUAAAUGGACUUUUAAUCGGACAGCGUUUUUGCAUCAAAGGCAAGAAAUUCUUCAGCAUGUCGAUGUAAUAAAAAAUUUUUCUUUGACCAAGAAUAGUGUUCGGAUCGGACAACUGAUGCACUAUGAUUAUUCCAGCCAUAAAUAUGUUUUCUCUAUUAGCAAUAACUUUCGCUCACUGCUUCCAGAUGUGUCACCCAUUAUGAAUAAGCAUUAUAAUAUCUGUGCUGUGGUUGGAAAUAGUGGUAUCCUGACAGGGAGCCAGUGCGGACAAGAAAUAGACCAAUCAGAUUUUGUUUUUCGCUGUAAUUUUGCCCCAACGGAGGCCUUCCAAAAAGAUGUUGGAAGAAAAACCAACCUUACCACCUUCAACCCCAGCAUCCUGGAAAAAUAUUACAAUAAUCUCUUGACCAUUCAGGACCGGAACAACUUUUUUCUCAGUUUAAAAAAGCUUGAUGGGGCCAUUCUUUGGAUCCCUGCAUUUUUCUUUCACACUUCAGCAACUGUUACCAGAACACUAGUUGACUUUUUUGUUGAACACAGAGGUCAAUUAAAGGUCCAGUUGGCUUGGCCUGGAAAUAUAAUGCAGCAUGUCAACAGGUACUGGAAAAACAAACAUCUGUCGCCCAAACGGCUGAGCACAGGUAUUCUAAUGUAUACUCUUGCAUCAGCAAUAUGUGAAGAAAUCCACUUGUAUGGAUUUUGGCCUUUUGGAUUUGACCCCAAUACAAGGGAAGACCUUCCAUACCAUUACUAUGACAAAAAAGGAACCAAAUUCACCACCAAAUGGCAGGAGUCCCACCAGCUGCCUGCUGAGUUUCAGCUGCUGUACCGAAUGCAUGGGGAAGGGCUCACCAAGCUGACUCUGUCACACUGUGCCUAAGAACUCCAAAUGGAGAGUGCCAAACGGCUGUUUAAAAGUGCCC